CUACUUUUAGAGAAAUUAAGGGGCAUGCCGCCACUUAAGUUCCCGGACAAGUUUCUAGGUGCUUGAGGACUGGCCAGAUGCUCACUGCGGGGGGGCGCGGGGGGGGGCACUUCCACCUAAAGGCAGGGAAGUGGACAGAAUGACAGGGUGAUGGGUUCAUUUGAGGCCUUCAUCCUUACCUCUUCUGGCUGUCUCCCAGCAUGGGACGUGUAUUGGCUCCUGGAAGUCUGCUUUUUGCCCUUGAACUUCCUGGUAGCUGCUUUGCCCGUGCAGCUCCUAAUGGCUCUUCUUGGCUGGCAGAGGCCUCUGGGGUGAGUUUCCAGGGACCGUGGAGUAGAAGAGGCUUGCUAACUACAGUGUCAUUUCCCCAAAUUUUUAGGUCCCUGUAUGUAUCUGGAAGCUUGGGGGUGACGGAUUAGCAAAGAAGCCAGGUGAAAGCUGGGAGGAAGGAAUUUUAGCAGGGUCCCGAGCCCAUGUUGGCUAUCCCCCUUGACAUGGUGGCCAACAAUUGGCUAGCUUCAGGGAAAAGCUGUCAGCAGCUGGAGCUCUCAUGGGAGAAAUUCCUCCCCUGGCUGUGAAGCAUCAAUGCUGAGUGGUAGUUGAGCUACUGAGCCAGUCAGACAGAGCCCCUAUCAGCUCUCACCUCUCCAAGUGUUGACAGCAGGUUUGGAAUAAUGAGCUUGGCCUGGUUGUAAUUCUAGGUGAAACUCUGAGGGGCUGGCUUGCUGUGAAGAUGAUGGUACCCAGCUGCCCUACCUAAGAAUCAUGGAGUUUGCAUGGAUGGGCUGCUAGGAGACUCUUCGACCUCUUAGCUCCAUCCUCAGCAUACCCUCAAUCCUUUUGAGAUCCUAAAUAAGGGAUGAGUAGCUUUCAGAGAGAUCAGAAAGUUCUUUAAGAGAUGAGGCCUAUUUUUCUUGCCCUUACACUAGGCAAAUCACUCUUCAAAUGGCUCUAAAAUCAAUCCCAGGUAUUGAAAAUACCUUAGGCAGAUGAAAUAUAUCCUUAGGAUUAAGCAAGGAGAUACCUUUACUCUCCUAAAGCUACUUAUGGCCUUCCUGGUUCUUCCCUCGAAUAUAUUAAUCUCUUAGAUCUUUUGAGUGAUGGCUGCAUAUCGAGGAGAGCAGACCAUGUCUUUGGGCUUUGAUAUAUAAGAGGCUAAGGCAUAGGAAGAUGGGCUCAUGGCUGUAGCCCUAGCCAUACAAAGUCAGCAAGAAGUAUCAAGCCUAGAGGAGGAAGCUAUUCCUACUGAUCUGGUUUCACAUUUAAACAUGGUUUCCUUCUUGCUUCCAAAUUGGAGCUUGAGAGAGAGAGUGCCUGGCAUACAACAGUACUCAAUAAAUAAUGUUGAAUAAAAGGACUCAGUGUCUAGGUGAAGCGUCAUGUUUUGUUUUCCCAGUUGGACUCUCUCUUGUACCUGAUAUCAUGAUGACAAUGAUGUUGAUAAAUAAUACUUAUAAAGCACAUACUAUGUGCCAGGUACUAUUCCAAGCCUGUUCUAGCAUAUGUAAAUAUGCCAUUAAUUGCCAUGACAACCUAUGAGGUUGGUACUGUUAGUAUCCCCAUAUUGUAGAGAAUAAAACUAAGCCAGAGAAAUUGAGUAACUUGCUCAAGCUCAUGCAACUAAGUUGUGGAACAGGAUUCAAACCCUAGGUAGUCUGGCUUGAGUCCAUAUACUUAACCAUACGCUGUACUGGCUCUUGAGAUUGCCAUAGAUGGAUUAGUCACUUAGCUUAUUCACUUGUUAUUUUAUGCAUUCAUUCAUUCAACGAAUAUUUAUUGAUAUCAACUAUGUUCUAGUCAUGGGGAUAUAAUAGUGAAUGAAAUGGGCAAGAUCUGUCAUGGAGCUGGUUUUUAGUAGGUGAAACCCCUUUGUCCAACUGCCAUGUGAGUCAUGCACAUCUCAGGAAGACAAAGAAGGAAAAUCAACUCCUAUAGGCAAGCCGAAAGCAACAUUUCAGAAAAAGGGAAAGUAGUAUAUUUCUUGGUGAGACAUAAUUUGAUUCUAGCCUUUCCUGUCUUAGAGUUUGUGAGGGGCACGGAAGUGAUAAAAGUGAAUGCAGUCUGGUCUCCUGGGAGGAAGAUACAGGGCCUGGGACCAGUUAUCACAGAUUGUCUUAAUUUUUGUUUAAAAAGGAAAUAAGUCUUUGAGCUUGAGACCAGUGCUCCUUAGUCCAGGGAGACUUCUAGGCCACAGGGGCAGUGACAUAUUAGGCUCAAGAUGGAUUUGUGAGCUCAUGAGCAAAAUUUGCCCUCCCAAGACAAGCCACAUUUUCCUCCUAAACUGCCACUCUCCUGGAGGGUCUUCUAUCUCUUUGGUUCUAGCAGGACCCUUGCCCAUUGCCCCGACCUACGUUAUCUUUGCUGGGCUGCUGCCCAUCUCUGUCCAGACCUAAUGGAGUGAGUCUCACACCCCUACCUGGGACUCAGGAAGGCAGCCUCCUCUAUGUUGGAAAAUGAAGGCUCGAAGUGGAAGGCAUUUUCCAAAGCCUGUGCCACGGAUAUUAAUAGGUGUUUUCCUAUGGUGGCGAUGGUCAGAGGGUCAAAUAAGUGUGUUGGGCUAAACAAAGUCAAAUAGCUUUCUUUACUAAGGGACUCUCUGGUGUUUAGAAUCUGCUAGAAGGAAUUGUGCAUGAAUCCCCAUAUGGGAUUAUUGUAUGCAGUAUUUUCCAAGCCUUUUGUCUUUUUAUGUUCUACAGACUACACUUUGAAAAAUGCUUGUUUAGACUGAGGCUAUCUAUGGUCUGGUUACAGGUGUAGAAUAGAAUUCCCUGAACUGGAUCCAGGGAGGUUCUCAGAUGCAUGGGCUAGGAUGCUCCCAAUACCGCCCCAAUUGAACCUCCCCCUUCCCCAAAACAGAAGGAAUCACUUGCCCCUCUUCCCCCCCGGCAGAACAGUACUAAGGGCCUGGACCCUUCCCUCCCUAUGCUUGAAGUUCGUUCAGUUAUUUAAUGAAUACAUAUCCUCCUCCCCCUAGGUUGCUUGUAGCUUGCUGAUCGCACUGUUUAUGAAACAGCUGUGAGGACAGGUGGGUCAUAAUCUCUGGGUAGCUAAAGCCCAGUAACAGCCCGAGGAUCAUGUGUCAACCCUGUAAUCCUGCUCUGCACACACAGGAGUCAUUAUGUGGGCUCAGGAAGGCACAAUCUCACAACUGGACAUGAGGAGGUGACUCAGGCCCAAGCCAGGACUAGACCUAGCCUCCCAGUAAACAACUGACCCAUCCUUUCUGGGCUCUUGUCCCCAGGAUUUCAACAGCAGCACAGAAAUAGCCAUUUUGCUCACGGUUAUUUCCCAGACCCACACCAUUUGUCUAAGUUACUGUGUGGGUUCUGAGGCUUUCUUUUAGAGGACUGCUCCUGUGGGUCACUUGAGGCGGCUCCACGGUCCCUAAGGAGAGCAGCAGCUGCUGGUGCAGGGUGGCCGAGUGCAGCCAGUGCCCAGGAGGCUAGUCAGAGCUGGAGGUCCUCGUGGGAGCAGAGAGCGGCAGUAAGAGGGGGAGGAUGGGGCCGGUGGGCUCAGGCGGGUCAAGAGGGACGUGCUUCUUUUCUUUUCCGUGUGUGUGUGUGUGUGUGUGUGUGUGUGUGUACGUGCGUGCGUGCGCAUGUGCUCAUGCACUCAGGCUCUGGUAGAGCCUGUCAGGCUGCCCAGUCACCUGUGAUGUCGUCUUCCUUCAGGGAAGAAAGGAAGGAGUGGGACAAGGCGUGGCAGCUUCUCAUCCUAGCCUGUUCCAGUGCUGAGGAGUCUCCUCUCCCUGAGUCUCUGUCCCUUUCCUGGGAAAGGAGGGAACAGUUCAAAGCCCUUGCUCUUUUAGAGGAGGAGGGGGAGGAGGAGCUCUAAUGAUAACCGGGCACAGCGCCACCCCUGCCAGUGCUGGGGUGCCUUCAGGGAGGUUGCUUUGGGGGGCCUUCUGAGGGAAGUCAGACCAGGUUGUGCCGUAGACAAUCCCCUUGGUAGAAUGGACCUGGUCUCCAGGCCAAGCCUGAGGUGGAGUUCAAAUGGAAGCAGCAGAGGUGAUGGUAUGGCACGUUUCAGGGGUCUGGUCAUUAGAGGGAGGCUGUGACUUAGUGGCCUAUCUUCCGUGUUCCGUCAGGAAGGCUGAAUGAACUGUUGUGUUGGGGGCAGCAGCGGCUUUGUGUCUUGCUCUGGAGAGGGCUGAGAACAGGGCCCAGGACACUGCAUUGAGCACGCAGCGGCUGUGGAUAGCUGGCAUUACCUGGGCCCUUUAGGAGUCUUGGAAAUUUUCCACUUACAUUUCAUAUUCACGGAAGAAUUUCCAGCCCAGACGCUUCCUGCUCUUGCUCAGGGCAGCUCACAGAUAUGCAAAUCAGAGACCUCCCACCCCGGCAGCGGCAGACAGAACCCAGCCAGCUGCACUCGCACAGACUCAGCUCAGCCUCCCGGGCAUCCACAGCCCAUGGCCUGAGUGCCUCGCCUGUGUGGCAUCCUCAGGAUCAGCCAUGGAGAUUCCAGCCUCAGGCUCAGAUUCUUUUCUUAGAAGCAAUUUCUGGAACUGGGUUUACUCUUUCAAAUGCCGAGAUGCCGCGCCAGUUUCCCAAGCUGAACAUCUCCGAGGUGGACGAGCAAGUCCGGCUCCUGGCAGAGAAGGUGUUUGCUAAAGUGCUCCGAGAAGAGGACAGCAAAGAUGGCCUGUCCCUCUUCACCGUCCCCGAGGACUGUCCCAUCGGGCAGAAGGAGGCCAAAGAGAGGGAGCUACAGAAGGAGCUGGCGGAGCAGAAGUCCCUGGAGACGGCGAAAAGAAAGAAAAGUUUCAAGAUGAUUCGGUCCCAGUCCCUGUCUCUGCAAAUGCCGACGCAGCAAGAUUGGAAGGGCGCCCCGACAGCUAGUCCGGUCCUGUCUCCCACUACCCCCAUGUUCUCUGGAGCCACUUGCCAGCCCACGCCAGGGCCCUAUGCCAUGCCCGAGUUCCAGCGGGUCAUCAUCAGUGGAGAUUACUGUGCUGGGAUCACUGUGGAGGACUAUGAGCAGGCUGCCAAGAGCCUAGCCAAGGCCCUGAUGAUACGGGAGAAGUAUGCCAGACUUGCCUACCAUCGCUUCCCGCGAACCACGGCCCGGUACCUGGGCCAUCGGAGGGUAGACAUUGUGCCGCUGGAAGAGGGCCUCCCAGACUUCCACCCUCCCCCCCAGCCCCAGGAAGACCCUUACUGUCUGGAUGAUGCUCCCCCCAACCUGGGCUACCUGGUCCGCAUGCAGGGGGGCAUCCUCUUCGUGUAUGAUAAUGAGGAGAUGCUGGAGCGCCAGGAGCCCCACAGCCUGCCCUACCCUGACCUGGAGACCUACACGGUGGACAUGAGCCACAUCUUGGCUCUCAUCACGGAUGGCCCCACGAAAACAUACUGUCACCGGCGACUGAACUUUCUGGAAUCCAAGUUCAGCCUUCAUGAGAUGUUAAAUGAAAUGUCUGAGUUCAAAGAGUUGAAGAGCAACCCUCACCGAGACUUCUAUAAUGUGAGAAAGGUGGACACACACAUCCACGCAGCCGCCUGCAUGAACCAGAAGCACUUGCUGCGGUUCAUCAAGCAUACGUACAAGACGGAGCCCGACAGGACCGUGGCUGAGAAGCGGGGCCGGAAGAUCACCCUGCGGCAGGUGUUUGACAGCCUGCACAUGGAUCCGUAUGACCUCACUGUCGAUUCACUGGAUGUCCAUGCGGGCCGGCAGACAUUCCAUCGCUUUGACAAGUUCAACUCCAAAUACAACCCUGUGGGGGCCAGUGAGCUGCGCGACCUAUAUUUGAAAACUGAAAACUACCUGGGAGGAGAGUACUUUGCUCGGAUGGUCAAGGAGGUGGCCAGGGAGCUGGAGGAGAGCAAGUACCAGUACUCAGAGCCACGGCUGUCCAUCUAUGGCCGCAAUCCCAAGGAGUGGCCCAAACUGGCACGCUGGUUCAUCCAGCACAAGGUCUACUCACCCAACAUGCGCUGGAUCAUCCAGGUGCCCCGGAUCUAUGACAUUUUUAGGUCAAAGAAGCUGCUGCCAAGUUUUGGGAAGAUGCUGGAGAACAUCUUCCUGCCCCUUUUUGAGGCCACAAUCAACCCCCAGGAUCACCGAGAGCUUCAUCUUUUCCUCAAAUAUGGAACGAGGCCUGAGCACUUUCUUGUUCCGGCCUCACUGUGGGGAGGCUGGCUCCAUCACCCACCUGGUGUCUGCUUUCCUGACUGCUGACAACAUUUCCCAUGGGCUGCUCCUCAAGAAGAGUCCGGUGUUGCAGUAUCUCUACUACCUUGCGCAGAUCCCCAUUGCCAUGUCUCCUCUUAGCAACAACAGUCUGUUCCUUGAAUAUU